AUGAAGCUACUAAGGGAUUUAGUGAUCAACAGAAGAGAAUUUCAGGACUGGCAUCACAAUUUACACUGGGGUCGCGACGGUAGUCUUUACAUGACGACCUAUCCAGAGAUAUGCAUUGGACAACCUAUAUUCCGUAAGGAUGUUGAAAACACUUCCAAAAAUCUAUUUCAUGUGAAGGAUCAUGCACUUGAGUAUUCUAAUAAAUUUGAAUUUGACCAUGCUACUAUGAACUCUCUACUCAAUUCACAACCCGUGUCUCAUGCAAAGCUAUGCAAACCAUCACCUGUGGAUAGUUUACUAGCGAUAUUGACCAACAAUUUGAAUGUACUCAUCUUUAAGGACCAAAGAUUGCUUGCCAGUUUGGAUGAGGGUGACAAAAGUGUAGAGCGUCGAUCUUACCACAGUUUACAAUGGAGCCCUGAUGGUAAUUAUAUAGUGGUGGGUAACGAAGCUAGUGAAUUGGUCGUAUUCAAAUUGGAGAGGACAAAUGAUGAAGAACUCUCUUACUGUGUAACUCAAUGCGUACAGUUAAAUGAGGGCGAGAAUUGGGUCACACAUAUAUGUUGGGAACAAGAUGCCAUUGUCGCAGCCCUAGAUGACAAUUCUGCAUAUGCUGUAGAUGUUGCAAAAGGUUACGAGGUAACACAGGUCAAAUCCCCUUGCAGAUUUAAGAUUGUGGAUGUCAAAAUUGUUGGAGUUUGUGUUUUGAUCACAGCGGCAGGUCAUUUCUAUUGUUUGGAACCGGUAACUCAAAAGUCUUGUAGUUUGAAAUUGGGACCUGGUGAUGAAUUUUAUAUAAUACCGCUACUGCAGGAACCCAAUUGUGUGAUAUUGAUAUCUGAUAGAACGAGCUGUAAAGUGAAAUUUGAUGAUGAGUUGACGAUUGUUCCUGAUCAUAGGGUGUCACCUCAUUUGGAGCGCAAAUUCAAGAAAUGGAGUACGAUUUCCAACGAAUUCGGUAAAUAUGAAGCAACCAUGUUAAUCCAUGGUGUCGAAUUAUCGCCGGAUGGAUACUCUGUCGCCAUUGCAUACAGCAUGGAAAGAAUAUCUACGCGCUAUAGAAUUGUCUCUGAACGCCAAUUCAAUAUCACUUUCAUACCAUUGUUUGAAUCGUGGCAGAUCUCUAAAAAGGCUAUUGGGUUAGCAUGGUAUCAGACCUAUCAGAUCUACAGAUGUACUUUACCGGUUGUCACCAAUGAUACAAGUGAUAGUAUUUUGAAUAAACAAGUUUAUGACUUGCAUAUGGAUUUCAAGACAUAUCUUAGUGUCUUUAUGAAUGAUAACCAGUUGAAUAAACUGCGAUUUUUCAACUUCAUUGAGGAUAAGCCCUCGAUAGAUUUGUUCCGCAGGGCUAUCUUUGAAUUUGCCAUCACUAGAAAACUUGACCUUGAAAAUCCACUGGAUAAGGCAUGUGUACAGUCAUUGGCAAAUGUUUUGGGGACUGAGAGCCCUGUUGAAGUCGGAGCCCUAGAAAUGCAAAGUGAUUUCAUAACUGAAAGUUUUGAUUUCAAUCAAAAUAAUGACCCCACUGUAAUCGUGUCUGAGCAAAACCAUGCCUGGAGAAGAUGUGCAGUGACACUUUUACCCAUUCUCACUACCAAAGUUAAAGUUUGUCCCAUAAGCAAUCAGAGAGUAAUAGAUAUUAAAAGAGAUACGUUUAACAAUUACGGUUGGUUCACCAAGACGUUGUUAGAGGCUCUUAACAACGAAAGUGUAUAUACAGGAACUACAAUGCAAACUUGUUGA